AUGUGUCAAGUCCAAAUGCUGAGAGCGUUGGUGAAUCAGCGACUAACUGCGGCUGUUGAAGAAAUAUUUGUAGUGUUGGAAAGAACCAUAGCAGAGUACGAGGAGGAACUUUCUCGAACAAAAGAGGAGAACGAGCGACAACGUCAACUACUGGACGCCGUUUUCAAGCCUGGAAUGUCGUCACACAGAUCAGAUGUCAGUGAAGAACAUCUUCCCCCUGAGCAGCAGGAGCGGAGAUCCAGGGGGGAGCAGGAGGAGCCCCGGCACCCCAACAUUAAAGAGGAGGAGGAGGAGCACAGCAUCAGCCAGGAGGGAGAGCAUCCGGAAGGACCGGAGGAGUUCCCAGUGAUCGGUGUCAUUGUGAAGAGUGAAGAUGAUGAAGACAACGGUGAAGGUGAGGAGAAGAGAGAGGCGGAGCCUCCAAGCAGCAGCUCAACUCAACACAUGACAACAGAAGCUGAUGGAGACCACUGUGGAGGAUCGCCAGCAGACUUGGCUCCGCUCUCAGACAGUGACGACACGUCACAGUGUGCCGACACUGACGAAGAAGACCCCAAAGCUGAUAAGACAAGUCAAAGUGACAACACACACUGGAAAUGUUCUCUGUGUGACAAAACGUUUGGCAAGAAGAGGAACCUGAAAAGACACAUAAGGAUCCACACAGCGGAGAAACGAUUCAUGUGCUCCUUCUGCGGUAAAAGAUUCUAUCAUAAGGGACAUUUUGAAACCCACAUAAGAACGCACACCGGAGAGAAACCUUUUUCUUGCUCAGUUUGUGGCAAAAGUUUCUCUCAGAAGAUAACUUUGAUAGCGCACAUGAGAACGCACACCGGAGAGAAACCCUUCUCCUGCUCAGUGUGUGGUCAGCGAUUCACAUACAGUACAAACUUGACGGCGCACAUAAGAAUCCACACCGGGGAGAAACCUUUCAGCUGUUCGGUGUGCGGUAUAAGAUUUGCACGGAAUUUUGAUUUGAAAAAGCACUUGACAAAACACAGCGGGUAAAGAUGGUAAAGAUUGUGAACGGUAACGAUCCUUGGCGGUAACGAUCCUUGGCGGUAACGAUCCUUGGCGGUAACGAUCCUUGGCGGUAACGAUCCUUGGCGGUAACGAUCCUUGGCACCUGAGGCGCCAGCAUUUGCCGACACAGAAAGACGAGGAAGAUCGAUUGUCUUCCAGGCGUCAUGAGGGAACUAUGCACAGUUCGUAUUGCUCUUUAGAAGAAAUAAGAACGUUCUGGUGAAAUGUUGUCUAAAUGUUGUCUAGCACAGGUUUUAGCCACAAGGUGCUGGUCCCCCGUUUUCCAGAAGGGACAAUUGGGUUCAAAACCUGGUGGAUUCUGUCAAUGCUUUUAGAAAUGGCCUUUUGUUGCGGGUCAGAUAGAUGAUGGACUUUCUUUAUUGUCAUUGCACAAUAACACAGCAGUGAAAUUGCCAACGAAAUGUUGUUGCCUGGCUCCCGUAUAUAAUAAAUAAUAAUAAUUAUGGCAAAGGAGAAAUUGUGAGUCUCAGCAAAACAUGAAACUCCUAUAUGACCGUCGAGAGCAACACCAGUUCAGUCCAGGAGACCAGGUUUUGGCUCUGGCCUGUAGUGAGCUCACAUUUCAAGCUAAGCAUACCGGUCCUUUUCCUGUGACGGACCAGGUUUCACAUUUGAAUUCUUUUAUUUCAACACCCGGCCGGAGAAAAGCGUGUUCCCGACGAGCUGAUGGUUAGCUAACCCGAAGGACCAUGUGCGGCCUGUCCUAGCUGUCGGUCCUGUGUCCUUGCAGGAGGGGGACGGUUAGCUGGAGCUGGAUGACAGUUGGUUGUGUGGUCGCUUAAAAUCUUCUCAGUCGCUCCCUGAGUUGGAGAAGCUCUUGUCUCUUUGCCAGAGAAGAAACGCAAUGAUUGGCUGAUUUGGUGCAGCACCUGGGCGGACGCUCCACCCCCAGCAGCUCUCUCCUCUCCUGGACUUCACGCUGCACCAUGCUGCUUUUUGUUUGGCUGUUUGUUUACAUUUGUUACAAUAAAUCAUCUAAAAACCUCCACGGUCCCUGCCACAACCCAUGAGCAAGGUGGUGCAACCAUACAAUUGGACAGUAGACACAAGACUGCAUGAACACAAAGCUUUCAAAGGAUUGGGAUCUCUGAAGCCAUCUAGCGGUAACACCGAGUCAUUGCACUUGGAUCACACAUGGAUGCGUGACCACGUGAUCAAGACCUUAACAUGCAAUUAAACUUAUUGGCACAUGUUAUGAAAACGUACAUGAAAGUAAUUUACUGAGUUCUACAACACACACAGUGGUGGAAAUCUAGAUGGAACUGUUGAGGGCACGAAGCCAAGACGACAGAGAACAUUGAGAACAUUGAUCCAAUUGAAUCCAAAGGAUCACAUCUGGGACAUCAUGUCUCGCUCCAUCCACCAACGCCAGGUUGGACCACAGACUGUUCAGGAGUUGGUGGAGGCUUGAGUCCAGGUCUGGGAGGAGAUCCCGUAGGAGAACGCCGCCGCCUCAUCAGGAGCAUGCCUCGGCUUUGUAGGGAGGUCACACGGGCAUGCGGAGGCCACACCCACGACUGAGCCUCAUUUUGACUUGUUUAAAAGAUCAAAGUUGGAUCAGCCUGUAGUGGGUUCUUCCACGUUCAUUUGGAGUUUAACUCCAAGUCCAUUCCUCCACGGGUUGAUACGUUUGACUUUCAUUGAUCAUUUUUGGGUGAUUUUAUUGUCAGCACAUCCAAUCAUGGAAAGAACAUUCAUUCGUUUUCUACCGCUUAUCUUCACGAGGGUUGCCGGGGUGCUGGAGCCUAUCCCAGCUGGAAAGAACAAAGUAUCUCAUCCAAAUAUUUCACUCACUCAGAUCUACAACGUGUUACUUUGGUGUUCCCUUUAUUUCUUCAGCAGUUUAACCUCGGACGGCUGAUCCCAACAAGCAGUCCUUCAGGAAGGAACGUCUGGACCAUGACCAGGGGUCUACUGGCUCACCGAGCCGUCCUCUUCUGGGUGGGACACUGCUCGGUCUGAGUGAAACCAGUGAGUUGUUUUACUGCAUUGAAAUGGUCGACGUGCAUGAAGAAGACAGUAUUACGAAGACGUCACACGAGAUGGCGACAGAAUAAGAUAAGAUAAGAUAAGAUAAGAUAAGAUCUAUUUAUUUGCUGCUGCUCUCCCCAGCACACGUGUGAUUGCUGACCUGGUACUUAUAAGAGAAUCUUUCAUCACACACGCUGCAGCUAAACACUUUCUCUCCCGUGUGUCGUCUUGUGUGCGCCAUCAAAUUUGUAUUUCGAGUAAAUCGUUUGCCACAGACUGAGCAGGGAAAUGGUUUCUCGCCGGUGUGCCCUCGAAUGUGUGUUUUCAAACUUUGCCUUUGAGAAAAUCUUUGAGCACACACGUGGCAACAGAACGGUUUCUCCCCCGUGUGUCUCCUCAUGUGUCGCACCAAUGCCGACCUCUGGCGGAACGCUUUGCUGCAGAUGGAGCAGGGAAAAGGUUUCUGUCCAGUGUGUGUUUUCAUGUGACUUGCUAAUUGCGUUUUGAAUGCUAAACCUUUCCCGCAAACUGAGCAGAUGAAAGGUUUCUCACCCGUGUGUAUUCUUGUGUGCUUAAUCAGUGCCGAACUUUCAUGAAAACCUUUGCUGCAGAUGGAGCAGGAAUAUGGUUUUUCUCCAGUGUGCGUUCUGACGUGUCUUUUCAGGUAAUCCUGGCGGGAGAAUCUUUUGUUACACACUGAGCAAGCAAAAGGUUUUUCUCCGGUGUGACUUCUCAUGUGUCUUAUCAAAAACG